GCACGAGUUUAUUUACUGUCAGCUGGGUUCUCGUUGGCCUUCGGUUCAAUGUUUGCCAAAACAUAUCGUGUUCAUCGUAUUUUCACACGCACCGGCAGUGUUUUCAAGGAUAAAAUGCUACAGGAUAUUCAACUUAUUUUAUUGGUGUGCGGCCUGUUGCUGGUCGAUGGUCUUGUUGUCACCUUGUGGGUUGUCACUGAUCCCAUGGAACGGCAUUUGCAUAAUUUAACAUUGGAAAUCAGCAAUAUAGAUCGAAGUGUUGUCUACCAGCCGCAGGUUGAAGUCUGUCGUUCGCAACACACACAAACCUGGCUAGGAGCCUUAUACAGCUAUAAGGGUCUUUUGCUGGUUGUUGGUGUCUAUAUGGCCUGGGAAACACGUCACGUGAAAAUACCAGCUCUCAAUGAUUCACAAUACAUUGGAGUGUCAGUGUACAGUGUUGUCAUAACAAGUGGCAUUGUAGUGGUUUUGGCAAAUCUUAUAUCCGAACGUGUUACAUUGGCUUUCAUAACGAUAACAGCAUUAAUACUCACCUCAACAACAGCCACUUUAUGUUUGCUUUUUAUACCCAAAUUGCAUGACAUAUGGGGGAGAAAUGAUGUUGUUGAUCCAGUUAUCCAUAGCAUGGGUUUAAAAAUGGAGUGUAAUACCCGCAGAUUUGUGUUAGAUGAUCGGCGAGAAUUACAAUAUAGAGUGGAAGUACAAAAUCGGGUAUACAAAAAGGAAAUAGCAAAUUUAGAUGCUGAAAUUAAGAAACUGGAAAAAAUGCUAGAAUCUGGUACAGCUUCAACGACUACUUCAUCGUCUACAUCUAUAUUUGCGGCAUUAAAGCCUGAAGUAACCUUUACCAGCGACACUUUCACCCACCUGCCAGCUCCUAGUCAUGGUAGUAAGUCACGCACACCCAGCAUAUCAGGAAUUUUACCGAAUCUUUUACUCUCGGUACUACCACCCGUAAUACCCAGAGCUAGCUGGCCUUCGGCCGAGUAUAUGCAAAUACCCAUGAGAAAAUCGGUAACAUUUGCCUCUCAACCACACCUUGAAGAUCGUACCAUAGCCGAGUCAUGUUUGCCGGCACAAGAUCUACUAAAUUUGCGUUUAGCCCACCAACAUGCCACCGAAGCGAAAACCGGUUUAAUCAAUAGAUUACGCGGCAUAUUUACACGCACACAAUCUAGUAAUAAGGGUUCUUUAGCUAGUCUAGCAGAUCAGAAAGGCAUUAAGGCUGCUCUGAAAACACACAUGGGUCUUUUCACCCGUCUCAUACCCUCCUCUCAAACAGCCUCCUGUAAUGCCAUUUAUAGUGAACGUAAAUCGGAAGUAGAUUUAUGUCUUCAUCAGACGGGAGACAAUAAUCUAAAACCGCUUAAACGUAAGUCUUUAGCCAAAAGUGGUACACAUUUAGAUGUAACACCCAUAGAUCCUAAUUUUCUACCCAUACCCACCAUAUCAGCUGAGACUAUAGAUAUAGCUCAGCAGUGUCAGACACCCUAUCAACCGCAACACACACAGUCCACCUUUAAUGUACCCAUAAUAGAAGUAGAAAAUAAGUAUAUUUUGGAACCCGAAACUAAAGUUAAUUUUCAAUUACCCGCCAAUCGUAGACCAUCUAUAGCUCAAAUUCAUCCCUCACUAAGGGAAAGAGUAAAAGGUUCGCCUAGAUUUCCUCAUAGGGUACUACCAAUUGCCAGUAGUUUAAGUGCCCUGGAGGAAACCAACGAUCGGGGUACAGCGAAGGGUAGAAUGUCUUUGAAAAGAGCUUCUAUUGUGGGUAAUUGGAAAUCGAUGGAGGUUUCGUCGGGCACUAGACUUUCUUUAACCGAUUCUCACGAUGAUAUGCGCAAAAUGGAAAAUAUAACGGUGGAAAUUAAUAAUAAGGGUAAGGAGGAUAUUAUAACGGUGGAAAUAACGCAUGUUACUGAGGAUUAGGAAAUAUUAAUAUGUUAAUCCUUUUAUUAAAUUUUAUUUUUUUUUAUAUCAAAAAUUCUAAUUUUUCUGAAUUUUGGAUAAGUUACAAAAUAUUGACACUCGUGACUAAUUUAAAAAUAUCUGAGAUUUUAUAUUUAUAAAAUAUAAAUUAAUUUCCAAUUCGAUCCAUUUUUCCAUCUGUCAUAUGUGAAGAAAAAAAUUCUCUUAUUUGCGGAAAUGAGAGCACGAUAGAAAGCAAUCAUGAUUUUACUUUAUAUCUUAUAUAUUUUCGGCAGAGAGCUCUUUUAUUUCUCAAAACUGCUCUUUUAAACCAAAUAUAGGCAAAGUGCUCUCUUAUGAGCUUUCUUACUGUCAUCAAUAGAUGAGUAUAUUUACCAUUUUGUAUCGAUGUUUGCUUUAAAACAAUAAUGGUAAUCUGAGUAUGAGAAUAGUUAUCAUCGAUUAUUUAAAUAAUAAGAAGUCUAAUUUUAAGUGAAUGAUUAACACUAACUAGUGAUAAGCAAACAACUCUCUUCUUAAUUGCAUUGCUCUCUCCCAUCCGAGAGCUUACGUACGUAUAGCAAGCACGGAAAACUGAAGUUUUAAAAUAGU